AUAACUCCUUGCAAUAUAUGUUCUCCUAAUGCAGGUAGCAAUGCCCCUGCGAAACCUUGGGAACGAGCAGGGACCUCAUCUUCAGGUCCCACACCUUUUAAACCCUCAUCACCUGGCAGCACCAGUGAUGUAGUUGAGGCAUCUGGAACAGCAAAACCUGGCGAAAUUGUUCCAGCUGUCAAUAAGAAUACAACUGUGGCUGGAAAUUCUCUUGGUAGGCCUGUACCGACUAGGCCGUGGGAACUGCAAACAUAUGGGAGCACAUAUGGAGGCUAUGGCUCUGGUCUAAAUUAUAAUUCUGGAUACGGCUCUGGAAUGUAUGGUUCUUCGUAUGGUGGAUAUGGAGGGUCUUAUGGUGGUGGAUUGUACGGAAAUAACAUGUAUAGAGGAGGUUAUGGUGGUCUAUAUGGAGGCGGUAUGUAUGGUGGUGGUGGAGGAAUGUAUAAUGGUGGUUUUGGUGGUCCAAUGGGUGGUUAUGGAACGGGCAUGGGCCCUUAUGGUGAUCAAGAUCCAAAUAACCCCUAUGGUGCUCCAUCAUCUCCUCCUGGCUUUUGGAUUUCUUUCCUCCGGGUGAUGCAAGGUGUAGUGAACUUUUUUGGCAGGAUAUCAAUUCUGAUAGACCAGAACACCCAGGCAUUUCACAUGUUCAUGACUGCACUGCUUCAGCUUUUUGAUCGCACGGGCUUAUUGUAUGGAGAGUUGGCGAGAUUUGUUUUGCGAUUGUUGGGAAUCAAAACAAAACCCAGAAAGGUUGAAGGACCAGGGCCUAAUGGACUUCCUGCUCCUCUCAAUCCCCACGGUAAUCAAAACUACAUUGAGGGUCCAAAGGGCGCUCCAAGUGGUGGAUGGGAUAAUGUUUGGGGAGACGGUUCUAGUUAAGCCCACAAUUUCAACUUGAUAAAAUGAUAAAACGAGACUAGAAUUACAAGCUGUGUGGUAUGCAAGGAGAUCCUAUGGAUGCAAAGCUUCUUGGUUGGUUCGCUAAAUUACCUCUGCUGUUUGCUUGAAAUAAAAAUCUCUUCCUCCUGAUUUUGUAACCGAGUUACAGCGACCAUGGAUGUGUGCAAGGAGGAGAGGUGUUUGAAUAAAUGAUCA